AUGGCCGGCCAGUCCCCGCGGCACGUCGAGAUCCUCGUCCACGUAGCCGCGCCCAGCACCGCCGCCGAUGAUGGCCGCUACCGUGGCCUCGCGCGCGCCUACCUCGCCUUUGAGCCCGCCGCUCGCACCGCGCUGCCAGCGGCGCCAGACGAUCCCUCUUCGUCCGCUCGGCUCCGGCAGAGCUCCGACGGGCCAGGUGCGCUGGGCGAUCCUCCGCAGACGCGGUCUCGGGGGGCGCCGCCCGCUUUUUCGUCCGCUCCGGAGCAACAUGGCGUCUUUUGCGCCCCCGAGUCGCAGGACCUCAGCUUUCAAAGCGCCUGGGACAACCGCUCCUCGCCGCGUCUCCGGCCCCUCGUGCGUCCGGGACCGCCUCCAACCUCCGCAGCGCGCGCGCCUCUCUCCUCCCAGGGCGACGACGGCCGGGCCCCCUCGCCGUCACCGUUCCGCGCUCCCGCCAGUCAGAUCAGCGACUCGUAUCCCCUGCCUGACGCGGGCGUCUUCACUGUCACGCCCACGCGGAUCCUCCAGCGCUACCUGAGCAACAAUAACGCCCGCGGCUCCACGGGCACGCCGACAUCGGCUGCGUCGUCGCCGCCGUCUCAAGCACUGGGCCCCGACGCUGACGUCAUCGACGUCCCCUCGUCUCUGCCGGUUCCGAGCCGCCAGUACGAGCCGCCGCCGCCGCCCAAAGCUCCGUCGCAGCAGCAGCAUGGCUCGCCCGCCGGGCAUGUCAUCCCCGUGACGCCCCUCGCCCUUCCCGCGCUGCCGCCGCGGAGCAAACGCACCGCCGAGGAGCUGGCUACCUCGGCCUUGUUGGACCUGACGCACAUCUCGAGCAGCUUCGUCAGCCACCAGUCCGCCUCAUCCCCGUCCAGGGCAGAGUCGGAGCCGCCGCCGCUACCGCCGUGCAAGAAGCCCAAGGUGACGGAGGAUGGAGGAGGCGACUCCCUGGUCUUGGUGCGCAGCACCAGCGAUGCCGGGCCGAUCAUGGCAAUGGCCAACUGCGCAGCCGCAGCCGCCGCCGACGACGACGACGCGCUGGAAAUUAGACCGCCCUCGCCCCCCGCCGACACUGCGCACAUCGACCCCACGACCCUCGUCUCGGACAAGCUGGCCAAGCUGGCGCGCGACCUGGCGUCGCGCUACCGCCCAGAGCCCCCGCGCCGCGCCCUCGAACCCCUCGAGCGCGGCUACUGGCUGCUCGACUGCUCGGGCUGGCCGCCGCAGACGUGCCGCGAAACGUGGGUCUUCCUGACAAACUACCUGCGCAGCGGCCUCGCCGGCUGGGGUGUCUGGUGCCGCCGCGGCAGCCCCGCGUCUCAGCAGCAACAGCGGCACGCCUGGAUCCGCCUCUACUGCUGGGCCUGCGUCGCCAAGCAUACUUACCUCUUGCUGUAUCUUGCCAGCGGCAGGCACGUCAAGGCCACAGGCGCCGCGUGGUACGGCGCCGACGGGCUGGUUGCCCUCGAGGUGGCGCCUUCGGGGGGGAGGCGCCCCUGA